AUGUCAUUCGAAAGAGUGCACCAGGAACAACAUGAUCGUCUGGUAACAGCCGUGGACGAGGUAUGUGAGGAAUUUGUGCUGUCUUCAGAUAAAAUGCACGAGCUGACCAACUAUUUCAUCGAAAGCAUGGAACGGGGGUUGGGCCAAGCCGAGGAAGACGCAGACUACCGUGGAUUGCCUAUGAUCCCCACUUACGUGACAGGGCUUCCCAACGGGACUGAAAGCGGGAUGCUCUUGGCUGCAGAUCUCGGCGGCACGAACUUCAGGGUGUGCUCAGUGGAAUUGAAGGGCAACCACCGGUUCUCACUGCUCCAAAUGAAGAGUAAAAUCCCAGAAGAGCUUUUGGAGGACGAAACGGUCACCAGCGAUGCUCUGUUCGGGUAUUUGGCGCGCAGAACGCUCGCGUUUGUAAACAAGUACCACCCAGAGUAUUUGCAGAACAGCGAAAAGCUAAAAUUGGGCUUCACGUUCUCGUACCCAGUAAACCAGACUUCAUUGUCGGCUGGGACACUUAUUCGGUGGACCAAGGGCUUCAAAAUUAAGGACACGGUGGGCAAAGACGUGGUGCAGCUGUACCAAAAACAUCUGGACGAUCAGGGCAUGUCGAUGAUCCGGGUCGUGGCACUGGCCAAUGACACCGUGGGCACGUUCUUGUCGCACUGCUACUGCUCCGAAAACAACGGAUCACUGACGUCAGGCGAAAUCGUCGAGCCCGUCAUGGGCUGCAUUUUCGGCACGGGCACCAACGGUGCGUACAUGGAGAGGAUUGAAAACGUGAAAAAACUGCCCGAGAAGCUCCGCGCGCAGCUGCUGCAAUCCGGGAAAACGCACAUGUGCAUCAACACCGAAUGGGGGUCCUUCGACAACGACCUCAAGCAUCUCCCCACGACCCGGUACGACAUCGACAUCGACCAGAAGUUCUCCAGCAACCCAGGGUUCCAUCUUUUCGAAAAACGUGUGUCUGGCAUGUUUUUGGGCGAGAUUCUCCGAAACGUGUUGAUAGACUUGUACCGAAGGGGCCUGAUUUUCGGUCAAUUUGCUUCCGAAAACCAUUUGCCGCACAGACUGAGAACCCCGUUCGAACUUUCCUCAGAAGUGCUCUCGCACAUCGAAAUUGAUGACUCCACACAACUGCGCGAAACCGAGCUGUCAAUUUUGCAGAGCCUGAGAUUGGCUACAACCUAUGACGAGCGCGUUGAAAUCCAAAAGCUGGUGCGAGCUAUUUCGCGUCGUUCUGCCUACUUGGCUGCGGUUCCCAUCGCUGCAAUUUUGAUCAAAACAGGAACUCUAAACAUACGCUACCACGGCGAGGUAGAGAUUGGAUGCGACGGAUCCGUGGUGGAGUACUACCCUGGAUUCCGUUCCAUGAUACGGCACGCAUUGGCAUUGAGCCCAAUCGGUCCAGAGGGCGAGCGUAAGACCCAUCUAUGCAUUGCCAAAGACGGAUCUGGGGUGGGCGCGGCCUUGUGUGCAUUAGUGGCCUGA